UCGAGUUCAGUGAAAAUAUAAAGAGAACGAAGCUUGUCAGUUUUUUAAAACAAAGAAAACACAAAAGAAAUCAAUCAAAAUAUUGGAGUUGGGUUGGGUUUUGACGAUUACCUUCAUACAACAAGCAGCUUCGACGACGUAUAAGUGCGGUUUAAGCAAAUUGAUUGUUGGAAUUUGGAAUUGGGAAGACGUUGAUCUGCUUUUUGUGAGUGACUUUGGAAUUUUGCAACCGAGGACUUGGAAAUGGGAGCCAAAUGUUGUAAAUGUCGCAAAGGAUCAGUUGAGUCAGUUAAAGGCUCUGUCAUGGCUCUGUCCAGGACCUCCAGGUUAGCUGACCUAAGGGAACAAGCUAGAGACUCUGAGGAGAUGAUUGUGGAAGAGACAAGAGAUGCUGCGGGACCAUCAGAACCAAAACCUCGAGGUCCUAUCUCGAGGCGUUCAGAAGCUGAGGUCCAAGCUAGAGACCUCAAGGAUAUGGUUGUAGAAAAGACAAGAGAUGAUGCUGGGCCACCAGAACUAAUAACUCCAAGUCCUACUUCGAGGCUUUCAGAAGUUGGGAAGAUAUCCAAGUCUGUAUGGUGUCAAGGUGAAACCUCUGGUACUAAAGAAUCACCCAAAAAUCUUGAUCCAGAUGAGGUGUCAAGUUAUGAAGCAUCGAAUUUUCUUUGGAGUACUGGGAUGCUUUCUGACCCGAUCCCGAGUGGUUUUUACUCUAUGGUCCCGGUUGAGAGAUUGAUGCUUUCAGAAAGCAUUCCUACAUUAGAAGAAAUUGAUGCGCUGGGGGAAGAACGUCUUAAGGCUGAUGUGAUUUGUGUAAAUUUUGAGGUCGAUAAACAGCUUACUUUGAUAAUGGAAUACUAUAUCAGACUUGUCGAAGGAUUGCACUCAGAGCCGGUUACAGUUAUUAAGAAAACUGCUGGACUGGUGGCAGAUGUAUAUAAAGGAAGACAUCUACCAAUUCAAGCAAGAUCGAGACAAUCAUUUAAAGCUCAUGGGUUCCCACUGCUAGGACAAAUCAAACAUGAUUCUUGUCGCGUUCGAGCAAUCCUCUUUAAAGUUCUAGCUGAUGCUGUUGGUCUUGAAACUACGCUUGUAGUGGGUUUCCCUAGUGAUCUGACAUCUCCUGCUAGUGUCGACUCAUGUUAUCAUAUGUCUGUUGUGGUUGCGGUCAAUGAUGUGGAAGUGCUGGUUGACCUUAAGCGAUGUCCUGGUCAGCUUAGACCCUUCUCACCCGAGGAAGUUUAUAUGGCUCACAUCUCAAUGGCAUGGCAGAGUGAUUAUGUAGACAAUGGCUUUUGUGUUUCACCAUUGGAGCCAAACAGUCCCAUGGAACAGUCUGGUCCGCCAUCUGUGUUACAAUCUGGUUUAAGGGCAAAAUCACUGCCGUCAUCUCCCCAAAACUGUCAAUUCCAAUCAUUUGUAAGGAGUGAACCUUCACAUCAAGAUAUAAGCCACAUGUGGAAUGAAGUGCUGGGAUCUCCUAUGUUCCAGAAUAAGCCUUUGUUGCCAUUUGAAGAAUGGAACAUAAAUUUCUCCGAGAUGAAAGUUGGGUCUUCUGUCGGGAGUGGUUCUUCUGGAGUAGUAUGUCGUGGCAUCUGGAAUAAAACAGAUGUUGCGAUCAAGAUCCUUUUUGGACAACAGCUUACAGUUGAGAACAUGGAAGUUUUUUGCAAUGAGAUAUUUAUUCUUAGCCGUAUACGACAUCCCAAUGUUAUUCUGUUCAUUGGAGCAUGCACAAAGCCUCCUCAGUUAUCUUUGGUCACAGAGUAUAUGAAAAGGGGGUCCUUGUAUGAUUUGCUCCGUACCAGGAAAAGGAAGAUGAGCUGGGAAAGGAUACUAAAUAUUCUGCGUGACAUUUGCAGAGGUUUGAUGGGCAUACACCAGAUGGGGAUAGUCCACCGUGAUCUAAAAAGUGCGAACUGUCUGUUAAGCAAGGGGAUAGUGAAGAUCUGUGAUUUUGGGCUCUCGAGAAUGAUGAAAGGCCCAACAGUGAAGGACACUGCAGCUGCAGGAACUCCAGAGUGGAUGGCUCCUGAACUUAUCCGAAAUGAACCUAUCACAGAAAAAUGUGACAUCUUUAGCUUUGGUGUUAUAAUGUGGGAGCUUUGCACUCUAUCCAAGCCCUGGGAUGGAGUCCCAAAAGAAAAAGUCAUUGAUAUAGUCGCAUAUGAAGGAGCCCGGCUCAAAAUACCUGAAGGACCACUAAGCGAGCUCAUCGCAGAUUGUUGGUCGGAGCCAAAGCAAAGGCCGAGCUGUGAAGAGAUAAUGCACCGUCUAACAUUCUGCGAGCUUUCGAUUCGCUGAUUAUGUGAGUUGUCUGUUCUCUAUGUAUGUAGAAGAUGUUGAGGCAUUAGGUGUUAGAAAUUCAUCGAGUUUUGUAAUCCUGUUCUCCGUCUUCUUCAUUGAGUUUAUCAUUAAUAACAAUGGAUUUUUUGUAUUAUGAAAUCAUUAAUUGGUUGCAAACCAUAUA